GUCGAACUAACAUUGUUCGGUGAAUUUGAUUGGGCACGGUUGACGUCACGCACAUGUAACCGACCCGACAAGUUCAGUAGUCAGACAGAACUUCGGACAAGUGCAGUGUAAGGUUUCAUUCAUGUGUAGUAUUCGUGAGUGAACACUCUCCCAGAUGUCGUCCCGCAAUGUUUAUGAUCCUUAAACAGAGGAGCAGUUACUGUUUUCGAGGAAUUCUGGGGUCAUAAUGGGUUGCAACAAUACCAAAAAGUUACCAGAGGACGAGGAGCACACAAAGACGAGUAAAUUAUACGAUGUUCCGUCACGUGAAUUUUGCCCUCCUCCAAGAGUGAACAAUGAAGUGGGUAAAAACGCGGAGAAGAAACCCAAGAAAGGUCGUGUUAUUCAAGGGAGAUUCAGAUUUGAUCCUAUCGUGACCGAAAAUUAUGACAUCAAGGCCCUCAUUGGUAGGGGAUCGUUUAGUCGGGUUGUUCGAGUGGAACAUAAAGUUACAAAAGAACCCUAUGCGCUAAAGAUGAUCAAAAUAGAAGGGGGAAAAGACACGCUGGAAUCCGAAGUGGCUGUCUUGCGUAAAGUAAACCAUAAGUAUAUCGUCAAGUUGUUUGAAGUCUUUCAGUGUGCAGAAAGGGUUUAUUUAGUAAUGGAGCUAGCGACCGGAGGCGAACUUUUUGAACGAAUAGUCUCUAGAGGUUCCUUUACGGAGAAAGAUGCCACUGAGGUGCUGUGCAUGGUGCUUGAAGGAGUCCGCUAUCUUCACUCGCUCGGCAUAACUCACCGAGACCUCAAACCGGAGAACUUACUGUACUAUCACCCGGGUCCCGACUCUAGAAUUUUGAUAACAGAUUUUGGGUUAUCGAAAACCCGGCAGAAUGCAAAGAACGAGACAAUGGAUACAACUUGUGGAACGCCGGAAUAUAUCGCCCCCGAGAUUCUCUUGAGACAACCGUACACAAACGCGGUGGACAUGUGGUCAAUUGGUGUUAUCACACACGUACUUCUUAGCGGACAAAUGCCAUUUGCGGAUGAAAACCGAAGGAGAUUGUACAAGGCUAUUUUGGAUGCGAGAUAUAGCUAUAGCGGCGAGGUGAGUUAACUUAGACCAACUUACCCAAAGUUAUAUGUUUAUAUUUGUCUGUUAACGAAACUUCGACGAUUCACUUUGCGGGACUAGCCAGCUCGGAUGUAAUCAUAUUAAUUGAUUAUACUUGUUACUACUUUAUUUUUUGUGGAGUAUGAAAACUGAGCAAGAGGAAUAUCGUGAGAAUUUGCUCAGUCGAGACUCGACGGUAUCAGUUAACGCAUGUUUGGAAAUGUCGACUGCAAAAUGAAGAUGCCUAUCAGUUACAUUCCGAGUUUAAGUAUUCGCAUAUAUUUUGUUUAUUAAGAGAAAAAUUUAAAUGAAUUUUUUGCGUUAUAUUGUAAGCACUGCUUGUUCCAAGAAACUUUCAUGGUGUGCGACUGUUUCUCGACCUAAGAAAAUCGGUAUUAUCCAGGGCGCCUGUACAGGAACGUUUUCUCUUUCGUUACAUAGCUAAAAUAAUUGCGGAAGAUCGACCUACUUAACCUUCCUCGAAUGAGAUCACUUUCAUCACAUAAUGGUUUUAUUGAAGAAGGCAAAUUAUCUACUAAGCUCUUCGUUUGCAAAUUUGUAUAUCAAAUCUAUGGUGAUUCAAGGAGGAAAAAAUAGAAAACUAUUGUCUGUGUUCAAGGUGCGAACUUCAUUGUUUGACUCAUUUCGGUCUGGAAUGUUCGGUCUUGUCCUUUCUCCAAGGGACGAAUCAUUUUAUAACAACUAGUUUCUUUGGCAACAUCGGAGGGGAAAGAAUCAAUUCAUUUUGAACAAUCAGUUAUAACAAUACACAUGAUCACUGACGUAGUUUGAGUUUGAAACCCUUGACUAAUGAUUGUCAUGGUCGGAUGUUGUGUGUAGUAAAACAGUACGAAAUUUCCUGUCAUUAUUUUUGGGGCAUCACUCCUUUGUGCUGGGCUUUGAUAGAUAAGCCAUCGCCGCUAGUCGUAAAUGUUAUUCUUGGACGUCUACGCUCUGCGCGCUGUAUGAUCUUGAAGCGGCGGGUUUAUCUUAUUUGGGUGGGCUCAUAGUCGGGACAGCAUUCCUCAGAAAUUUCUAGUGAUCAAAACGUGUUUUUGUUGACGUUUAUCCCAACUCAUAUACCGCGGCAUUGUUUUCUUAACAGUUAUUCGUAAUCAUUUGUUGUGAUUUGCUGUCAAAUGGACCAUUUCUUCACAGUGGACCAUUUCUUCACAAGCGGCUGAAUGACCAUGAAACGAUCAGACUUUAGUUUCUAUAAAUUCGUGCCUAACACUUUGAUAGGAUUUAAAACCCUUUCAUGUAUCAAACAAAGAUUAAAUUUCCUCAAAACGGGGCUGAAUGUUAGUUUUGAAAUUUUGGCUGAAAACCAAAAGCUAUUUUUAGUGACAUUUUUUGUUUCGACAAAUUACUCUCUAAUCCUUAUACAAUAAACAAUUCUGUGACAAGUGUCAUGUAUUGUAGUUUAACAGUGUUACAGGUCUAAGAACACUGGUUCCUUUAUGUUAUGGCACAUAAAAAAUCUUCCCUUGUUCUUUGUACAAUUCCCCCAUCUUUUUUAAUGAGUAUAUUGGAGAUCAAGUGCCACAUUUACAAGAAAUGGAGAUUAACAUGAAAUUAUUUCAUGUUAUUGCAGUUAGUUCUGACAUUUUGAUCAAGGUGAAGGCUGUCCCCUUCACCUUGAAAGGGCAAAUGGGGAACAUAACAAAUGGCAGGAAAAAGGGUCACAAUCCUCUCUGCCUUUGGUUGCUAAGGUGAUUUCAUGUCUACAACCUUUAGAGCAAACAAUAAGGAUACUGCUUCAGUCUGAGUAAACGUUGAUUAUUGAUGCCCAAAUAGAAAAAUAGAGUUUGUUUGUUUUGAUUCAAAGUUGCAAUAGGUAUGCAAUAUGUGCGAACAUAAACAAUCCAAGCAAUGCGAGUGUCUACUGCGCGCGCUAUGUCACAACACAGCAUUUAUCAUCUUCACAUAUGACCCACAGAUAACCCAAGACAAACAAAUUGCAAUAGAAAACAAACUUUUUGGAAAAACAAGUUACACUAAGUGAAACAUUAACUAUUAAGUAAUUUAAAUUUUCCCUUUAGAAAAUAAUUGUCCUCGCAGCACACAGUGUGAAUGGUUUGGCUUAUUGCCAAGAGUUUGACAAUAUUUUUGCUCUCAGUUGUCGAGCGCCAAAGAAGAUGUCACGCAUAAUUCCAUGAUCUCGUGCAUGAGAUAAUUAAUUGAAUGAUGCAUAAUUUCAUUGCAUAUUUUUGGAAAGGAGGUGAUUUCUUAAAGUCUUAUUGAGCAAAAUGACCUCGUAAACAAGUUGUAUUCUGUCACGGUUGAACUGUAAUAGGGGCAGAGUCGAACAUCUUCACCUGCAAACUGCGUUCUAUUUUUAAAUCUCUUAGGUUAAUUACAUUAAGUCAUAUUCCCUCAUACACAAGCCACAAAGCGGCAAAUUCCAAAGUUUUCACAUGCAAACUGCGCGACAAUACAAAUCACAGUAAGGGCCUGAUCACGAGCCGGAAAGCAAUGCACAUGAACAGUGUGUUACCUGCUGUCAUGUUUCUUGCUUGGUUCAUUCGCUGGGCUGCCCCACAAGCGUGAUUACCAGGAAAAUUUCCACUCGGGAUCCCGGCAUCACAAUACAGGGAUCCCAGCUAACUGGGCAGGCUUGGUUGUCAUAUAAUCGCAAAGCUGGUUUUUGUUGCAUUUAACUAAGGUGCCAGGAUCUCCGCAAAGCGAACCAGCCCGGCUCAUGUAAUCAGGCCCUUGAGGUUACCCCUUUACCAAUGUGCUGUUAAUGUUUGUCUUCAGCAGUAAUUUUUAUUUGAAACUGGACUAUUUUUUCAUCAUAAAUAGUUUAAUGCUUGCACUGUAUUACUUUGUGGUGGUUGUUGCACCUGGACACAUCUAGGGUAAAAUGAGUUAGACCAAGAUUUCCUGAAGAAAAUUAAAUACAAUUAAAAUGUUCUUGCUAAUAUCAGAUGAUUAAUUUUAUAUAUUUACAAUUUUAAUCCUAAUUCAAGUAAUAAUAUUGUUUAUUUAAUCACAAAGGUAAAUAUUUUUAUGAGUCAAUAGAAGUAAAUAACACUAAGUCACUUAACGAAGUUUAGUCACCCUUUUUCAUGGCCCUCUUCAGUUAUUUCUGCCUUGUCCUUCUUAAAGCAGUUGGACCAUAGUGAAAGGCCUAGACUUUGGGCUGAAUAUUUUUCUUGUUUUACAGUAUUAAGAUAGGGUUAUCUAUUGUAAGAAUAUUUAAAAGAGUAUCUUCUGUCAUUAACACAAUGUAUUUACCUGUUCCAUUAAAAGAAGUAUGUAGUCUUACCUGUUAUACAACAUAGAGUCAAAUCUUCUUGUGUGACCACAUCCCAUAACUGCCAUAAUCAACCAUUCAUCUAAUACACCAAAAUUUUCCCACUCAAAUAUUAUAGUUGGACCCUCUUGUAAAUGAUCGCCUCUCAUAAAUAGCUGCAACCACAUCUCUGGAGAUAAAAAUUUCUAUUGUUUUUAACCUCUUGUAAGAGACCAUUUGACACACAGUGUGAUCCCUAUGUUUGUUGCAUGUACUACGCUACUAAGAGUAUAAGAACUUUUAGCAACAACAGGAAGCAUAACAUUGCAACUUAGAAAUUGCAUGCAGUAAAUUCUCUUUUAAAAAGUAUAUGUCUGAGAACGUUGCAAAAGACCUCCCCGUGGUUCAAUUCUUGUAAGCGACCAUUGAAUCUUUGCAUUUACGGUGAUUGCUUACGGGAGGUUUGACUGUAUAUAGGUAGCUUAGUCUUUCAAAGUAAAAUCAUACAUAUUAGAACAAUAUUCUAUUCAGAUCAUUCUUUUAUUCUAAUUUUUAUUUACUCUGCAUGAUGUUCUCCCUUUCUUUCUUAUUUGUUUAACAGUUUACUUACAGUGUACAAAACUUAAAAAUGCUAUACAAUGUAUGACACGUGAAGAAAAAAUAAGGAGAAAAAGAGAACAACUGUAAUUCAAUCGUGAAUUUAAUUGAUAUUUAUAUGUUACAAAUUACUAAUAUCAUAAAGAUACUGGACAAAAUCCAGUUGGGUUAAUGAGCCACUUCCGAGUUCCAAAAACCCUCACUUUCAAAAUGAGUCCAAGUGCACAACCUUUCCUGUGAAAGUGAGUUUUAUUUGCAUGAGAAUGAAAAAUAAUUUCAUAUCAAAGGCUGAGCACUUAACCUCGUUUUGAUACAAAGGCCUGGGGGAACUCGGAAAUGGCCUAUUUUAAAAUUUCGAAAAGCAGUUAGGUAAACAUCAUGUGCAAGUUAGCAUCACAGUGUUGAUUAAUUCAUGUUACUUCUUAGUUUGGUUUCUUUUAAAGCACAACUAGGCCAUGUGGUUGGUAUAUUGGCCCCUGAGCACACCUGCAAAGUUCAUUUUGCUUGACAGAGUAUCAUCUUAUCAACUCACAGUUCAGCUUUAAGGUUAUCAUUUCUUGCUUCAUUUCCUUUGUUUUUGCAAUCCAUGCUGUUAAUUUCUUAUGUCCCAAAGUUGUAAAAAAGGCUGGCAACUCCUUUAGUAGACAACUAUAUCCUAUACUGGGCUCCAUAAGUUCAUGACUCCAGCCGAUACAAACAAGCCAUCUUUACAAAGCCUUCAUGUCACCUCAAAGUCGAAUUUAGUUUAAAUGAUGUUUUUCUGAAAAUAAUUGUGAUUUGUUUGUUGGUUUCUCGACCACCUAGUCUUUUGAAUGUGCUAUAUAUAAAUGCCUGAGAAGAGCAAAUUACAUACUCAGUGCAGUAUUUGGUAUGUUUCUUAUGGUAUAACUUUCUUGUUUGUAGGCAUGGAGGGAUGUGUCUGAUCUUGCAAAGGACUUCAUUGAUAGCCUGUUAGUACUGGACCCUGCAAAGCGUAUGACAGCAGAGGAUGCAUUGAAGCACCCCUGGAUUAUUGCACCAUCUAGUUUGAAAAACCUUCAGAGGUCUGUUAGCAAAAAUUUGAGGAGUCAUUCCAGGAUACCCAGUGGAAGAUCCACAUGUUCUCAAAAGUCUACUAAAUCCUCCAGAUCCGGACGAUCUUUAGUUUCAAUUAAACGGUCAAAAAACUUGACAGUCCCUCAAGAUGCAGGCCUUAUAUCAGCUCUUUCAGAUGGUCCGGCUCAGGAGGUCAAACAAGUUGUUAGUAAAAAUUGUGCCAGGAGAGAGUCCAGUGUUAAAUUGACACGUCAGUUGGUUGAGAAAAUAAAUGAACAUUCUGUAAUCAAUGAGGAUGAUGGAGAACUACUUCAAAGUGUCUCUUGUGAGGGCAAAAGUGAACCAGUUGAACAGAGACUCAUUGAAAGUCAGAAUACUGUCAGUAACACAGAACACUGCAGUCAUGGUGAGUGCAAGUCUUGUGAAGUCACUCAUGAUGAGAAAUUCAGAGGCUUGCUAGUGCCAGCUUCAAAGCAAAGGUCAUGUGUUAGUACAAGGAGGGAUAAUUUUCUAGAUCACCAUCACAGACUACAUGAUCCUUCUCAUGGCUUUAACUUUCCAGCUAGCUCUCCUGGUAGGAAGCAUUCACUUUCUUCAUCAUCAAGGAAGAACAAAGUGUACUGCAGUUACGAUACAGAUUAGAAGGUAGAUAGAACUCUACUGGUGAAUCAGUUUUUCUAAUAAUGUAGAGGUAUAUUUGAAAUGUUUGAUAUCAACAGUUGUUCCCUCUAAUUUUUAAUACAAAAGAAGUUUGCUGAUUAUUUAAAUUCGCUAUUAUCACAUUGAGUACCUUUUGGGUACAUGCAAGAUAAUAUUAUUAUCUUGCAUGUACCCAAAAGGUGUUUAUACUUUUUGUUUAUACUUUCUGUCAAUCCCCACUGGGUAAUAUAAUGCCAAAAAUUAUUUCAAUUAGGAAAAAAGGAAAAGACUAGGUAGCUAAAAAUUGAUGCAAAUUUCUAUUAAAUGUCUGCUGCUUUUAUAGUGUGAUAGGUAUAACAUGAUUUUAAAGUGCCCAUAGCCUAAAAAUUUUUAUUUUUUCAAUUGAAAGUACACAUUACUACAAGGACCUCUCCAAAAAAAUAUUUGUUUUGAACAAUGUGAUUUUUUAAACAUUUUACAAAACGUUCAAAUUUGCCACCAUUUUGGCAAACCUUUUGUUUUGGUUUUUUCCCAGUAGCCUCUUGAAAAAGAAGGAGCUGAGAUUAAUUAACUAUGACAGAAAUUAAGGAACACAUGACUUAAGAUACAAGUAAACAAGUUUGGAGUUCUAGAAAUAUUUCUUCCAAUUCACAAACUAUAACAGCUGUUAAAAGGUAAAACAUGCUGCCAGUACGAUGUAUUUAUUUGCAGUUAGACAGCCCUGUUAAAAUGAGAGAGCAGCCAGCAAUUUUGCUGCUUUCGGUGGAAGAUUUGCUGCCUACAAUACUAAGGUUUAAAAAUGUCAAACAAAAAGCAGACAAAUUUAGGUCCUUGCCACCUGCUUCUCUGGUUGUCCUGCUUACUACUGGAAAACAUUUUGACUGGGCUGGUUAAGUGCAACAACACUGGCCACCCAGUGGGAUAAGCAUGCAUAGAAAAUCAUGUUUUCAGUUCCUGGAUAUAUGUCUUUUGACGUUACCUAUGAUCUUAUCAAUUCCGUGAUUAGUGUAACAGGUGCCACAAACAAAUUUUGACUUAAAAAAUUUUCUAAAAAAACUGCCUCAUUUUGUUCAAAACAAUGUUUGUUGAAGAAAUUGUUUAAGUAAUGUGUUCUUUUAGGUUGCAUGCAAUUUAAGUGUCUGUGUCACUUCCAGGGUGUUUCUGGUUUUGGCAUCUCAGGUUCCAGAAGGUUCUUUGCAUCUUGGUAUGUUUUUCAGGAAGAGGCCACCAUAUAUGUUUGUGAAUUUGCAAGUGAAGAAAAGACCAACCUCUUGAAAUAUGAAUAAACAUAUUGUUUAACUAUAAUUGUGUAACGAAAUAAUAUUAAUGGAUCUUGAGGUGCAAUUGGGCAACAAUCCCAAAUUUUGCAGUCUUCUUAGUGUCAGACUUAAGCAGGACCUUUCUGGAGUAAACUUGCUCAAGUGCACGGAAAAAUACUUUUUGGACAGUUUUCUAUGUGUCAUUGAGACACAUAAACCUAAAAAUUAAAAAAGGUACAAUAAACUGGUCCUUUUGUUUUUUACUUAAGGGUAAACUAUAUUCUUCCUAGAACCAAUUAUCUUGGCACCUGAGAGUCAGCCACUUUCACUUAAAUGAACUGUGCUAAAAGUCCUAGUGAAUUUGCCUUGAAAACCCAGUUGACUUGUAAAAUGUAGGAGAAGAUCUUUUAUAGAUCAGUACUAAUUCUUCUGCAUUUUUAUCUUUUAAUCCUAGUGGGGAGUGCAUUGCUUGGAAUUUAUAAAAAUAUGCUAGAUCAAUUUAAGAGAGAAAUAAUAUUACUAUGUAAUACGUUUGUUUCUUUUACCCUAGCCCAAUAACUUUACAUAAUAAUGGAUUAAGAAAUAUAUAAAAAUGUAAUCAAAAUAUAUGUAAAACUAAAUUCUGCUUAUCAUUGUUUUGAAAGAAGAACAAUUAACAUCAUGGUAAUAAUUUGUUCAUAUUUCAAUUAAGAAUGUACUAUAAUAGAGAAAACACAUAAUUAUUGAAGAGUUGAUGUAUAAAGCAUCUGAUUACAAAUGCCAGCAGUCAUAAAUUGGCUACGAAAUACAUAAUAUAUUUUCUUGUAAUUACCUGUUGGAAAACUUAGAUUUAAUAUUAUUUUAUCAAUAAACUGUAAUAUUAUGGGCCAUCAGCACAUUACAAGGUGCUCCAAAACUAUAUGAAAUGAAUAUAAAGUAAAAUGUUUCAUUAUUAUAGAUAUAUGAUUUAUCUAGUACAUAUUAUUCUGGUCAAACAAAGGCCUGAAUGCAAUUUACUCUAGUUGGAUGCAAAAUCCAAUAUUAUUUUCUAUCGUGGAUGUAUAAUUUAUUUUGCUAUCAGAGAAAAAAUAUACUUUUAUAUAGAUUUGUAAUAUAAAUUAUUUGAGUUUUGUACCUGAUUGGUUGUAUUUCUCUGUACACCAGAUGCAGAAUUUCAGUCUUGUUUACAUUACUGUUGAUAGUAAACGUGCAAAUGUAGUGGCAAAAAACCAACAUGAGUGUUGUCACGAUGCUAUUUGCCAGCUUAACUAGAAUACAUGAACAGUAAAUUGGGUGAUCUGUGAUGCAAAUUAACAGAAUUACUAGUCCAAUACUUGUGUGAAAUGGAGUCUGGUUGCAUGUUUAUACUUGGUUGUUUAAGUAGCAUGAUUUGUUUCCUUCCACAACCAAGAUUAAAUGUGUAUUUGUUGGUUUUUAUUGCUACUCUUUUUAUGUGUCUGUUACUAAACUGCUAUUAAACAGUUGUCUAUAUUACCUAGAGAUUAUAAUUUGUACUAGUAUAUACCAGUUCCUCAAUGAUUUGUUAUACUAUUGUUCAAAAAAGUAAAUUACUGUUUCAAAGCUUUCC